AUGCCUCUCAACGUACCAAGGAAUUCUAGGCUUGUCUCCAUUCUUUGUCAUUCCUGUUAUGGCGCCGAGCAGGAGAAUGAAUUACUCGAACAUUACGAAAAGGAGGAAAAAGUUAUUUCAAAACAGGCUGCAAUCAGUAGUACAUCGACGAAUGGUCUUCUGACUGCUGCCGAUAUUGCCAAUGUUGAAAUUAGUAAACCCACUAAUUUCAAACGAGGAAUACAUAUUGCCAUUGAUGAGGAACAAGGAGUGUUAAAAGGUGUUCCUGAGCAAUGGAGAACCAUGGUUGGUGAAGCUCAUUCCUAUGAUAAUUAUCGUAAAAUGGCUGAGGAAGAUAUUGCUCCAUAUUUAAUACCUGAAAUAGGUCACGAACAAAAUCAUGACCGUUCACAUUCUCAUGAAGAGGGCUCGGAAGGUUUUUCUGCACUCGUCAUUACCCGACCCACAGAAUUUACACAUCACAUUCAUGUCGAUUAUGAUCCUGAACGAGGAUUUAUUGGAUUACCUGAUGCCUGGAAAGAGAUUCUUGAAAAGGGUCUUAACAAGGGAGAUAUCACUAUCGAUGAGGUUAUGAAUCACAAAGAGGAUGCAGCAAGAAUUGCAGGGUUCAUUGAUGGAGGUUUAACAUUGGCUCCACUCAAAAUUCCUACCGCAGCAUCAAAACCCAAGAAGCGUCUUCCAGACUUUAUAUCGAACGAAGAUCCAACAAAAAUCUUCUCACAUCUCAAGCCUAUUGAUGAAGGAAGUACUGGUGUAGUCAUGCUAGGCACGCACAUCAAAACGAACAUUAAAUGUGCUGUGAAAAAGAUUGAAAUUCAACAAACCACCAAAUUGGAAACUCUCGAAAAUGAAUUGGCCAUGAUGGAAUCUUGUUCACAUCCUAACAUUGUACAAUAUAUGGGAGCUUAUCAUCAUGACCAUUAUUUGUGGAUUUCUAUGGAAUUUAUGGACGGAGGAAAACUCACUGAUAUCUUGUACAAAACCAUUCUUAGAGAGGAUGAAAUUGCCUAUGUAUUGAAAGAAUGCCUCAAAGCUCUCAAAUAUUUGCACGAUAGCAACAAAAUGCAUCGUGACAUUAAGAGUGACAAUGUACUUGUAAAUUCGAAAGGAGAAGUGAAAUUGGCAGACUUUGGAUUUUGUGUGGAAUUGACUACAAAGAAGGAGAAACGUAAAUCAACCGUUGGAACUCCUUAUUGGAUGGCUCCAGAAGUGAUUCGAGCAAUUGACUAUGGUCCCAACGUUGAUAUUUGGAGUUUGGGUAUCAUGGCAUUGGAAAUGGCUGAAGGUGAACCUCCACUUAUUGAGCUACCUGUAUUGAGAGCACUAUUCAUUAUUGCCACACAACCUCCUCCAACGCUACGAGAACCUCAUCGAUGGUCCAGUAGUUUUAGUUCCUUUUUGGCAAGAUGUCUCGUCAAGGAUCCAGCUGAGAGAGCCUCUGCAACAGAGUUAUUGGAACAUCCAUUCUUACAAAACGCAUGUGCUCCAUCGAGAAUGUCUGAUUUAUUGAAAAAAUAUCACUUAUUGAAGCAUUAA